AUGGUUGAUGGGACACUAUGCGUUGGCGGCCGGCUUGGAAAUGCUCCAGUUUCGCGAGGGCGCAGACACCCGAUUAUCCUGGAUAGCCGCCAUCCUUUAACGAAGCUAAUUGUAAUCGACUACCAUCACCGACUGCUCCAUGCAGGGCCUCAGUUGAUGAUAUCCUGCAUACGGGAAAGAUUUUGGCCACUGAGUGUGAGAAACUUGGCCAAAAGGGUGACGCAUGAAUGCGUCAAAUGUUUUAGAGCGAAACCAACGGUUCACGAGCAGCUGAUGGGAGAUUUGCCGAUUGAGAGAGUUUCGCCUGCUCCUGCCUUCCAACGGGUGGGAAUUGACUACUGUGGACCCUUCGAACUGCAGCCUGCAACGAGGAAAGGCGCUCCUGUGAAAUGUUACCUCUGCGUGUUCGUUUGCAUGGCGUGCAAAGCCGUACACAUCGAGGUAGUUAUGGACCUAACUACAGAAGCAUUCCUUGCCGCUCUGAGAAGAUUCGUCGCCAGACGUGGGAAGCCAAUCGAAAUCUACUGCGACAAUGCGACAAAUUUCGUUGGAGCACGGAGGCAGCUGAGUGAGUUAGACCGCAUGUUUCAGCGACAGCAACUUCAAGAGCAGCUUUGCGCAGAAACCUCAAGAGACUCGAUAACCUUCAAAUUCAUACCGGCCAAGUCACCCAAUUUUGGCGGCUUGUGGGAAGCUGCGGUGAAAUCGCUGAAGGGCCAUAUGAAAAGGGUAAUUGGUAACAGGAUGCUGAAACCUGAUGAGAUGCACACCAUCGUAGCUCAAAUAGAGGCAUGCCUCAAUUCGAGACCUUUGACUCCGCUUAGCAACGACCCGAACGAUUUGGAAGCAUUGACUCCAGGUCAUUUCCUGGUGCAGCGUCCGCUCACUGCGAUGCCGGAGCCUAGACUUCUGGAGCUACCGGAGAACAGACUCUCCAGGUGGCAGAUGAUGCAGCGGUUCAAUCAAAUUAUCUGGAGACGAUGGUCAACUGACUAUCUGUCGAAUCUUCAGAGCCGCAACAAGUGGACAAAGCACCGGAACAACUUGAACGUUGGAACUAUGGUUCUAUUGAAAGAGGAUAAUAUUCCACCUCUCAAGUGCCGAGUGGGACGCGUGACCGAGAUCCAUCCAGGGCAAGAUGGAAACGUUAGGGUUGUCACCGUUCGCACAAAGGAGGGUCAAUAUCGCCGGGCAAUCUCCAAAAUUUGUAUUCUGCCCAUCAGGGACAACCAGACCGAUGAACCAACACGCCAGCAAUAA